AUGGCAGAUGACCCCACCGCAUCUCUCGAUAACGACACCCAGCCAAACUCCGUAAACGAUCUUAUCCAUUCCCUCCGAAGAACCGCAGUCACCCCCUCCAACUACGCUCAACUUCCCCAAACCGUCACAUCCCAAACACUUCCCCCGCAGACACGAAGUCUCCUCUCCUUACCAGAAACACCAGCGCCGCGCCCAAGAUAUCGAAGCAAUGGCACAAUCCAAGGCUCUCCUUUCCGCGCAGCACGAAGGGUUGUUGGUCCCACGCCACGCAGCUGGCUCGAAGGAUCGCAGAAUGUUGCUCCGCCCGAUUUGAAGAAUCGGCCUGAGCGCUUAUAUCCUACCGAAUUGAAUCACCUACCGGGUCUACCAGCAGAUUACGAUGGUGAUAAGAAAAGCAGGAGACUGCAGGAUGUUUGUCUCAGGACGAUGGCAAGCAAUUGGGAGUACAUUCAGGGAUACGAAAGGAAUAACCUCGCAGAUAUACCAACAUCUUUGCGGGUGCUUUUGCUCAGCAACAUCGCCCUUUACGGUCCCGAACAAGGCGUGGGCUACGAAGGAUUGAAGAACUUGUUGAUCUUCCCAACUGCCGACGGCGCAGACGCGGAUAGGGCUUCCACCCCGGUUGAUCUGAACGAAGGAUUUCUGCGUCUCGACCUCUCCGGUUCCAUUGGGCGGUCCGUGUGCUUCAAACACCUUUGCGAAUUCCUGGAGAAGCCUGUCUCCCUUCCCGCUGAAGAAGACGCUGACGAUCUGACCUGGGAGGAAACGAUCGCGCGGCCGCUCAACGCCACGAUCCCGCAUCUCACACAUCUCUCCCUGUCUCAUCCCCCAUCGACCAUAUCCUGGCCCAGACUGCUCAAUGUGGCGAAACAUAUCCCUACGCUAACGCAUCUAUCACUUGCAUAUUGGCCUGUCCCGGCUUUGACGCCGAACAGUAGGACGGCUGUUGUCGCUUCGAAAUAUGCUAGGGAUAUCCAGUAUGGUGGAACCAACUACUAUUCCCAUAGCCUCGACGAUGAUUACCGCGAGGCUGUCACUGUAUUGAGGAGACUUGCCGAUAGACUGUACAGUCUUGAGUUCUUGGAUCUUAGUGGCUGUCAUAGUUGGCUUCGUGCUCUCUCGUGGCAGGGAGGUGAAGAAAAAGGCCCUGGUAUUGAUUGGUCUCAUACCUGGCCGAAACUCACUACUCUACGCCUGUAUUCUGGCAUUAUGAUCAAUCUUGACAGUAGCUACUCCAACGUCCUUACUUUUAGUACGGCGUGGAAGCAAGCAAGAAUCGUGGAAGAGGAACUGCACUGGUGGACUCACAAAGACGCCGUCAGACGUAGAUUCUCAUAUGUGGAUGUUGAGAAAGACGACCCUACGGUGUAUCAGGAUUUCUGGAAGGGAAUGGAUGAUGAGGAGAGUAAGAAGAAGAGAGGGGUUAUGGUUGAGCUGUCAGGAAGAAGGAGGAGAGAAGCUCCAGCUCAUAUCUUCGGGGCAGUUGAGGAAGGGAGAUCGUUCGCUUGGGAGGAUUGA